GAGGAAGUCUGCUGUUACUAGGAACUACUCCUGUCAUGUGUCGUCUUGCUGUUUGGGUAAAAACAUGUUUUUCUGUGUGGGCAGCAUAUGUUUCAACAGUGAAGCAGAAUUAUGAAGCUAUUUUGUCAUGCACACUUUGGAGGUGAUGUUACUGAACACUGACAACAACAAACGUGACUUUGUAAACCACUCUUCACGUUCAAUUAUAAUGGAGUUCUAAUCAUAACCGCAUGGUUGUUAGUCUCUCCUGUUCAUUUUCUUUUCUCCUUGUCUUGGUACAGAAAAUUGAGCACUGCUACAAACAUAACCCGGGAAGAAAAAAAAAAAACGCCAGCUAGCAUUAUAAGCAACUUUUACCUUCGCCAUUACAAGGUAUCCUGACGGUUACCGGGAUAAAGUCUGUUCCAAUUCUGUCACUUAAAUGUCACUGAUGUGUUGAUCAAGUUCAGUUUAAGUUCCAAAAAAAUAUUUUACGAACCUAAAAGUACUUGGUAUUGACGAUACUGGCUCCAGUAUUUACUUGGUAUCGAUACCAAAAUCUCAGGUACCGAUAUCAUCAAUGUCACACUUUUCUGGAUUAGGUUCAUUUAAAGUUUGCAAUAACAUUCUGUUCAGACUUUGUUGUCCGUUGCUGAGCUUCACUGGCAGGCAGAUUUGUAAAGUAGGCCGACUGUGCAUCACAUCACCGCGUGUUGGUGUUUCCACGAAAAUAUAUGAAGCCCAAAGUGGCUCAUGAGGGCUUUUCUUAAACCUGUUUUUCGAGUCCCUGUUGCUGAAAAGCCCCCGUCGCACAUAAACCCGGUUUAGUCCACUUACCGCAGUCCGAGGAUCACACUUGUCAGCACAUUUUCUACGGCAUGGCGACACGCCCACGUGCUUCCUCCCAGCCCGGGAAGCUUUCCUUCCUCCAGACCUCCAAGGCCAAUACGGCCUUGCGACCAAGGGCCGUGUCCUCGCGCUCGGGCUCCGUGCUGGAAGACGAGCUGUCGUGCCCGGUCUGCUGCGAGAUCUUCAAGGAGCCCGUGGUGCUCAAGUGCAGCCACAGUUUCUGCCGGGCAUGCCUGCAGCAGUUUUGGAAUAAGAAGGCGGCCCGCCGCGAGUGCCCCAUCUGCCGCAGGAAAUGCUCCCUGACCGAGCCCACCGUCAGCCUGGCCCUGAAGAACGUGGCCGACACCUUCCUGAGGGAGCAGCGGCGCCAGCCGGACGGUCCGGGCGCUCCCGGGCUGAGCGGGGGCCGGGCCGACGCGCAGCAGGAGGUGAGGUGUGACGCCCACGGCGAAGUCCUCAAGCUCUUCUGCCUGGAUGACUUGCAGGUCCUUUGCUGCGUGUGCCACACUUCCAAGAAGCAUCAGGGACACCGAGUGUGUCCUCUUGAAGAAGGGGCGCACGAUCUCAAGGAGGAGCUGAAGAAGGAUCUGAUUCCCCUGAAGAAGAAUCUGCGGCGCCUGUAUGAAGCCAAGCAGGAGUGUGAUGACACAACUGUGCACAUCAAGAACCAGACUCAAGCCACGGAGCAGCAGCUCAGAGGGGACUUUGAGCAGCUGCGUGACUUCCUGCAAAAGGAGGAAACGGCGCGGCUGGCCGCCGUACAGCAGGAGGCGGAGGAGAAGAAGGAGCUGGUGAGGAAGAAGGCCGACGGCCUCACCAGGGACAUACUGACCUUCUCGCACGCGGUCAUCGCUGUGGAGAACGAGAUCGCGUCGGCCGACGUGCUCUUCCUGCAGAAUUAUUCCAAGACAAAGAAAAGGGCAGAGAUCCCCCAGAAGGACCCGGAAAAAGUGCCUGGAGCGCUUAUCAACGUGGCCAAGCACGUCAGUUCCCUCAAGUACCACAUUUGGGAGAAGAUGGUGGAGGUGGUUCAGUACACGCCCAUCACCCUGGAUCCCAACACAGCGUACUCGUGGUUGUCCAUUUCCAAGGACCUCACCUGCGUAGCCAACAGCGGCUCCCUCCAGCAGCUCCCGGACAACCCGGAGCGUUUUGGCCACUUCGUCUUCGCGUUGGGCUCGGAAGGCUUCACGUCGGGCCGCCACGCCUGGGAGGUGGAGGUGGGUGACAAGGAGGACUGGAUGCUCGGGGUGGUCAAGGAGUCCAUCGACAGGAAAGGUCGCAUCUCCGGCUGCCCCGAGGGAGGCUUUUGGAUGAUCUCACACUACGAGGGCGAAUACUCGGCCAUGACCAGGCCCAGCACCCCCUUGCGCGUGGAGGCCGAGCUGAGCAGAGUCAGGGUGCAGCUGGACUAUGACGCCGGCAAGGUGAUUUUCUCCAAUCCGGUCAGCAUGACGCCCAUCUACACCUUCACCGACUUCUUUGCAGACAAGAUGUAUCCAUUCUUUUGCCCCGGGGCAAACAUCAAUGGGAAUAACCCCAACCCACUCAAGAUUUGCCCUGCUAAUGUGGCGGUGUGGAACAGCGCCACAUGGUGAUGGAACUCAGAAAGUCACAACUCAUGACAUCAAGAAUCACCUCAAAACACACAUUUGGUUUUGGUCUUUCUGAUCCUGCUGCAUCUGUCUAUCAAUCUCAAUAUCAACCACUUAUCAUUUGUCCAUUGACUUGAAACAAACAAACAAAAAAAAAAACCCUACUUAUUGACAUUGAUGUGAUACCUCACCACAUAUACUGUAUCUGGUUUUUCCUGAGAGAGUCAUGGGUUGGGCAACUUACUCUCAUCUGGCCCGCCGUGCAAUUCUUAAAACGACCAAAACAUCAUAUGAACUCUCAUUUUAACCGUGAGACAUUUCUUGUCUGUUUAUUCUUUCAAAGUUCUGUUUUGAUUACGCGAUCAAGCCAGUGAUCUCUGCAGCCAAUAUGAGCCGUAGUGGUUAACCAACUAUUGCAUCACUGUGGACUUUGUUGUGCUCACCAAUAUUACAGUGAGGUGUGUUUAUGUAUUAUCAGAGGUUAGAUGAAUCCAAUCUGAGCUAGUAAAAGAGCGUCAGGUCUUUGUGCCUACCUCUUGAAAUAAAUAUCGUGUUAAAAUUCUUUACAGUAUAAUCCAGGGUGGCCCUAGAGUUUGGAUAAUGGAGCUCAUGUAUGGAGUUCUCAUGCAAAGCGCACCAAACUUUGCAUUACAACUGUUGGAAAUCAAAUUGAAUAAGUUAUUUGUUAAUACCCCAACUGAAUAAAAUGUUGAGAUGUGAUUUGA